UCCAAGCUCCGACUCAGUGGCACUCAGAAAGCUCUUAGUUGAAGAAUUGUUUUGCUCUGAUAUACUCACCAACUCAGCUCUGAAUAAAAAAGAGAAGUGAGUUUAAGGGUACUUGGAUGCUCAAAAGAAAAGGGAACUUGGAAAAAUUCUUGUUGACAGUGAAUAGGGUAAGGAUGAGAUAUCUGAAAGGGCUGCUGUCAGAACUGGAAUAUGCCCCCUAGAUAGCAAACCCCACCCUUUUGCUUCGGGCUGCCCUCCUGUUUAAGACAGCAUGCCUCCCCGGAAGCGCAUACGGCCCAGCCUGGGCUUCCUGUGCUGCCUUAACAGCAGUGAGCCCCCUGAGAUCAACCUGAAGGACAGUGUCCCCCAAACGUUAUUGGAGUUUAGCACUCCCAUGCCUUCGGAGGAUGAACUACAUGCACGCUUCUCCGAAUUAGUGGAUGAAUUGGAUCUCACAGACAAGAACAGGGAAGCCAUGUUUGCUUUGCCUGCUGAGAAGAAAUGGCAGAUCUACUGCAGCAAGAAGGAACAAGAGGAUCCCAACAAGCUCGCUACCAGCUGGCCUGACUACUACAUAGACCGCAUCAACUCCAUGGCAGCUAUGCAGACACUUUUCGCAUUUGAUGAAGAGGAAGUGGAAAUGCGCAACAAGGUGGUUGAGGAUCUAAAAACUGCGCUCCGAACUAAGCCAAUGAGGUUUGUGACACACUUCAUCGAGCUGGGCGGCUUGACCUGUCUUCUAAACUUCCUGAAAAGCAUGGACUACGAGACCUCAGAGAGCCUCAUACACACUUCCAUCAUUGGCUGCAUCAAAGCCUUGAUGAACAACUCCCAGGGCCGUGCCCAUGUGCUUGCCCACCCCCAAAGCAUCAACACAAUCUCCCAGAGCCUCCAUCAGGACAAUAUCAAGACUAAGGUGGCCGUGCUGGAGAUCCUGGGCGCUGUUUGCCUGGUGCCAGACGGGCAUAAAAAAGUACUACAAGCAAUGGCUCACUACCAGAAGUACGCUGCUGAGCACGCACGCUUCCAGUCUCUCCUCAACGAGCUGGACAGGAGCACAGGAUGCUACAGGGACGAAGUCAGUCUGAAGACGGCCGUAAUGUCUUUCAUCAACGCUAUGCUGAAUGCUGGGGUUGGAGAGGACAGUCUGGAGUUCCGUCUUCAUCUUAGGUAUGAGUUUUUGAUGUUAGGAAUUCAGCCAGUCAUCGACAAGCUGAGAGCUCAUGAUAAUGCCACACUCGGCAGACAUCUGGACUUCUUUGAGAUGGUGUGGAACGAAGAUGAGUCAGAACUGGCCAAACGCUUUGACACGACACAUGUGGAUACCAAGAGUACCAGUCAGAUGUUUGAGCUGAUCAAGAAGAAAUUGAGCCAAACAGAGGCUUACCCCAACCUGCUUUCUAUCCUACAAAACUGUCUCGAAAUGUCUUAUAAAUGUGGGGCAGGCAGCUUACAGCAAUGGCAACUUCUAGACCGCAUUCUUCAGCAAAUUGUUCUGCAGGAUGAGCGGGGAGAAGACCCAGAUGUUUCACCCCUGGACAAUUUCAAUGUUAGGACUAUUGUUAAAAUGCUUGUCAAUGAGAAUGAAGUCAAACAGUGGCGAGACCAGGCAGAAAAGUUCAGAAAAGAGCAUGGAGAGUUGAUGGCUCGCCUGGAAAGGAAAGAGAGGGAGUGUGAGACCAAGACGCAGGAGAAGGAGGAUAUGAUGAAGACUCUCAACAAGAUGAAGGACAGGUUGCAGAGAGAAGGGGUGGAGUUGCGCUCAGCCAGGGAGCAGGUUUUAGACCUGUCCUCCCGCGUUAGCGACAUUUCAAGUGGUGGAGUUCCUUUACCCAUUCCCCCUCCUCACACUGGGAGCCUGAUGGCGCCGCCCCCACCCACUAUGAUGAUGGGUGGUUUCCCUCCUCCUCCUCCACUUGUCCCUUUCUCCAGCCCACCACCACCUCCUCAACCUCCCCUCGGAGUUCCUCCCCCCCCACCAGGAGCCCCUCCCAUCUUUUCCGGGGUCCCCCCUCCACCUGGACCUGCUUUCAUCAGUUCCACCACCAGCCUACCACAACCUUCACAACCACUUAAAUCCUUUAACUGGUCUAAACUUGGUGAGAACAAGAUCACUGGUACCAUCUGGCAUGAAAUCGAUGACAGAAGGGCCUUUAAAGUUCUCGACCUGAAGGAUAUUGAGAAGAUGUUUUCAGCUUAUCAGAGGCAGCAAGAGCUGCUCACUAACCAAUCCUUCAAGCAGAAAGAGACAGGCUCUAUGGAUGACCUGUACUUGAGCUCACGCAAAGUCAAAGAGCUGUCUGUCGUUGACGGGCGGAGGGCCCAGAACUGUGUCAUCCUGCUUUCCAAGUUAAAAAUGAGCAAUGAGGACAUAAAGAGAGCCAUUCUGGAGAUGGAUGUGAGAGAAGAGCUUGCUAAAGAUAUGUUAGAACAGCUGCUUAAGUUUGUUCCUGAGAAAGGUGAUAUCGACCUUCUGGAAGAACACAAACAUGAGCUUGAGCGCAUGGCCUGGGCUGACCGCUUCCUGUUUGAGAUGAGCAGAAUCGACCACUAUCAACAAAGGCUGCAGUCUCUUUUCUUCAAAAAGAAGUUUGCAGAGCGUCUGGCAGAGACGAAGCCCAAGGUUGAAGCUAUUCUGUGCGCAUCACGUGAGGUGGUGAGAAGUAAACGUCUGACGCAGGUUCUGGAAGUGAUUUUGGCUUUCGGGAACUUCAUGAACAAAGGACAGAGGGGCAAUGCCUACGGUUUCAGAGUGUCCAGCCUCAACAAGAUCGUAGACACUAAGUCAAGUAUAGACAGGAAUAUCACCAUGUUGCACUACCUGAUAAUGAUCUUUGAGAAGAACUAUCCUGACAUCCUCAACAUUCAACAAGACCUGGACAGCGUACCAGAGGCUGCCAAAGUCAAUUUGGCUGAGCUGGAGAAGGAAGUGUUCAGCAUCAAGAGUGGCCUGAAAGCUCUGGAAACGGAAUUAUGGUACCAGCAGAGCCGAGCACACAACCAGGGAGACGAGUUUGUCCCGGUGGUCUGUGACUUCAUCACAGUCGCUAACUUCAGCUUCUCUGAACUCGAGGAUCUACUUAAUGAAGCCAAGGACAAGUUUUCCAAGUCUCUUAAGCAUUUUGGAGAAGAGGAGGGGCGCAUGCAGCCAGACGAAUUCUUUGGAAUCUUUGACACUUUCCUGCAGUCGUUCAGCAAGGCCAGACAGGACCUGGACAAUAUGCAGCGACGGAAGGAGGAGGAAGAGAGGAGAGUGCGUAUGGAGGUCAUGCUGAAGGAGCAUGGGGAACGAGAGAAACGAGCAAAGAAGAGCACUGGAAGAAGUGUGUCAGAGGAGGUGGGCGAGUUUGAUGACCUUGUCUCAGCUCUUCACUCCGGUGAAGUCUUCGACAAGGACUCUAAGCUCAAACGCAAUCGUAAGCGCUCUGUUAACUAGCUGGUGGAUGGCGGGGGUCGUGAAUGACCAACCACCAAGGUCAACUAUUGACCUCUGUAAAUAUGGUCACAAGGAGACCAGACUCGUGCACCUGAGGGAAACUUUCUCGAAAUGCCAUACACUGCCCUCUUUUGCCUUUUACCCAGAUCGGUAAUAACUGACAAGCUUAAAGAUGGAGAAGUUCACUCCAAAAUAGUCUUGUUUUAUAAGAAUUUCCAAAGUCCUGCAGUCUCUCUCCUCUUCUUUUUACUUUCUAGUCUUCCUCUGUUACAUGUAAUUUCAAACUGCCAAGAGUUCCAACCUGGUCAGACAAACUAUAUAUGUACAUGCAGCACUGAAACAGUUUGCCUGAGGAGUGCCAGAGGUAGUAGCUUGGACCUGGUGCCAACUACAAAAGUUUUGGAUGAAGAGUAGUUCAGUCUGGUGGUGCGAGUCCUCAAAAAUCAGAUGGUUAAUCCCUCUAAGCUGCCAUGGUUAUUGCCUUUCUCAGCCACCCAUUCCCUCGUUCAUCAGCCUCUAACUUUAGGAGAUUGAGAAUACCAUCUUUGGAAAUCUGGGCAAUAGCAACACUAAAUUUUUAGAUCCAGUUGUGUUUUUCCGUUUAAAGGAGGUAGUUGAUGCUUCCUAAACUUGUGAUUACUAGGAAGUAUGACACCAUGGAUGCAGCCUCAAAGGCUGGGAUAUUCCUUCCCCAAGUGCCUCUACACAUAAACAGCAUUCCAAGGACUACCUCCUGGAUGGAAAUACAGAGAGAGAACAACAUUCUCAUGGAGAGACACAGAAAAUAUGAAACCUUAAGUCUCAAAAUGCAAAAUGUAAAAAAAAAAAUGGUGCUGGUUACAGAAAUUCAAGUUCAUAUACAUACAUUUUCUCAAACAGUUAAUUAAAUUCAUAGCAUUGUCAUGGCAUAAAUUCAGUGCAAAAUUACAGUACAACAAAAAUAAAUGCAUUAAGAAUGGCUUUUAUGUAUUUAAAGGCAGACCCACUCUCAAAUUUCACAUUUUCUUGUUUAUGUAUUUUCUUUGAUUUCUUGAAGAUAUAAAAAAAAUUAACUCUUAAUAUGCCUAGAUCCAAUUAUUACUGGAAAACUUCUGUGACCUUGAAUCAAUGCCUCAUAAUUUGUAAAAAUCUGUCCUCUACAAUAGCACCUUUUAACCAAGCUAACUAAAAUAGCUUUCUAGGAAGGAAGGGCAAACAAAAUUCUGUUUCAAGAAGCAAUUAGCAAUGAGCAAGAAUUACCAUGUGUCAAGUUUUCAGGUAACAUGUAGAGUUUUUGGGGCCUUGAUUAUAUGUUAAAUACAUGAUGCCUCAAAUGUUGUUAGCAUUGUUAACUGCUUUCUCCCUGGUCUGGAAAAAAAGCUGUCUCCUGAAUGUCAGAGAUGCAGAAUCUGAUGAGAUCCAAUGGAUUUUUGACCAGUUUUGAACAUUACAUAACCCACUUUUGUUUCCUUUUCUUAUAUUUUGUUCAUAUUUUUGAACUGACAUGUAUAUUUAGUAGCUGCAGUCAGGACAAAUGUUGCAGAUGUACCUUGUAGUUGGCAUGGUGUGGCAGAGAAGAAAAUAGUGUAAGAGAUAGGAAAGACAAGCCUGAAAAACAGAUCUGAAGGCAACGCCGGAGUCAAGAGCAAACUCCUGAAGGGGUAAUAUUUUUUAAGGUUUUUUAUGCAGAUAUGUUUUACAGAGAGGCGUCAGACUACUUUGAAUGAUGCCUCCUGUUUCAUUUGUCCAUAUGGGGUCACCAUGGGAGUUCUGUAAUAGGGGAUUUUGUUCAAUGACAGAUGAAUAUGGACCCUUUGUGCUAAUCUUCCAUUUGUGUGACUACAGCUCUGUGGCCCUGAGGGUGUUCACAUGAGCAGGGCCUCUGAUACAUGCAUAUUUUUUAUAAACCAGUGGGAUAAAUUAUUCUGCCAAAACUACAAGUGUUUCUUACAAUGCAAUGCAUUUUCAUGUAUAGAAAAUGUUUACUUUGGUAUAUGGUUCAACAGAUUGUAGAGAAGAUAAAUAUAUAAAGGUGUAAUCAUUUUAAUCAAACGACAUCUGAAAGCACCAAGCCAGUUACCUAAAUCUAUCACUCACUUUUAUAUCUAGUUAUUUUUUAAAGAUAAAGUUCAGCCUCUCACUUUUGCUUGGUCCGAUAUUGCACUUGAUGUUUUCCCCAAAGGCUUGAGUGGUGCAUAUGUCUGGUUAUUUGAUAAUAAUAUUACAGGUGUAUUAUUGCCUGCAACAUGAAACACAAGUCACAGUCUUUGUAUAUGUUCAUGGAAUGCUGCAACCGUUUUUUGGUUUUGUUUGUUUUGUUUUAUUUUUACAGGUUGUAAAUUGAUAGUGCCAAGCGCACAGGCUGAUUGACAAGAGCCUCACCUACAAGAUGUAUAGUUCUUAAUUAUUUUUUUAUUUUUUUUUUUUUAUUAUUUUUUUACAACAUGAUAGUUGUUUGAGGGAAAAGGUGGAAUUAAAAAAAAAAACAUUUUUUGAGGAAUGUGGAAAAGAGGAAUUUGUUAUCCUGUAAAUUGAAGUUCUAUUUAUUUGCCUUAUUUAGAUUGCUAUAUUUUGUACACAGAAUUGCAUCAGACAUUUUAUAAUAAUGAAUAACUAUAUUGUGAUUCAUGUAUGUCACAUAUUUUUCAGGCAUGUAUGAGAAUGACUCCUCCCUCCAAAACCUUGACCCAUUACCAUGAGUCAUUUUGUAGAGUAAAAAUAAACUUGUUUAACUGACAUUCGUGUAAUCUUGAUAAUUUGUGUUUAUGGCUCUAAACAUCUGCUCAGCUGGCUCUUAAAUCACUCUGCUAUUAAAUUCAUUAAUUACUGUAGUGAUGACAGCUGUCAAGCUCGCAUACAUUAUUUAUCACGAUUCAACACUGCCCUCGUCUGGUCAAAAUGGGUAUCUAACAUUCGUAAAUUGACGCAUCAAAUGAUUGCAACUUGCAACCACAGAGCCCCUUCAGCAA